UCGGCGCAGGCGCAACGCGGGACGAGGUGCGUGGCGCCAUUUUGCCGGCCUUCUCUGAGGGGGGAUUCAGACGCCGAGGGGAGGCCGAAGGAGCCGAGCUCGGUGCCGCCGUCCGGCUUUGGGGAACGAGACCGCCACCAUCCCGCUCUUUCCCUUCAGGGCGCCUGAGGGCGGAGGCCAGCCCGAGCCGAGCCUCCCGCCGCCGCCCCCGACGGAGCAGAGCCAGACCCGCCCCCGACGGUUCCGGGGACCUGAGAUGGCAGCGCAGUCAGCGCCGAAAGUUGUGCUUAAGAGCACCACCAAGAUGUCCCUCAACGAGCGCUUCACUAACAUGCUGAAGAACAAACAGCCGAUCCCCGUCAACAUUCGAGCCACUAUGCAGCAGCAGCAGCUAGCCAGUGCCCGCAACAGGAGGCUGGCCCAGCAGAUGGAGAACAGACCUUCUGUGCAGGCUGCCUUAAAGCUCAAGCAGAAGAGCUUGAAACAACGCCUGGGGAAGAGCAACAUCCAAGCACGCUUAGGCCGACCGGCAGGACCCCUGUCUCGUGGGACAUUAGGGGGGCGAGGGCUGCCUAUGGGUCAGAGAGGUUUGCCCCGAGGAGCCAUACGUGGUGGGCGUGGAGCGAGAGCAUUGCUACGAGGAGGAAUUCCCCUCAGAGGACAAAGUUUGCUUCGGGGUGGGCGUGGCAUCUCUCCUAGGAUAGGCCUGAGAAGAGGAGGCCUCAGAGGACGUGGGGGGCCUGGCAGAGGCGGACUCAGCAGAGGACCCAUGGGGCGUGGCGGAAUGGGAGGCAGAGGUCGUGGCAUGGCAGGCCGGGGCAGAGGCGGCUUUGGCGGUCGUGGGCGAGGCAGAGGGCGAGGCAGAGGUUCCACCCGCCCCGCGUUGACCAAGGAGCAGCUGGACAACCAGCUGGAUGCCUACAUGUCCAAAACGAAAGGGCACCUGGACGCCGAGCUGGACGCCUACAUGGCCCAGACAGACCCAGAAACCAACGACUGAUGCCCGCUCGCUGUAGACAGUUGCUGUGAUUGUCUUGUGUGGGUCCCUACCCCCCCCCCCCACACACACACACACACCACCCCCUCCAAGUGAAGGACAGCCACAGCUGAUCAUGCAAGGGAGGAAAGGACCUUGCUAGCCUGGGGGGUGGGGAGGGGCAGGCGCUACAACUUUAAUGUGUUCCUUUUACAUUUUGAUACUCUUGUGUUGAACGAAUAGUUGGGGGGGGGUGUUUUUUAUAUAUAUAUAUAUUUCUUAAAACCGUUGGAAAUAUGAAUGUGACUGACCUGCCAUCCCCAGGGGAUGCCCAGUGUGCUAGUGGAGGCAGAACAUUGAGCUGUACUCACCACCCCCUUUUCUCCGCUCCUACAAAGCAGGGGAAGCCUUGCAUGUGCCCCUCCCCUUUUUUCCCCCUCCCCCCACCCAAACAAAUGCGCCAUACUGCAAACUGGAGGACUCCAGUGCUAUUAAACUGUGACCUUGAAGAGAUGCAGCUGCUGUACCUGUUGGAUUUCAAGGUGGCAGCUCUUGCCACGUCAUAAAUAAAUUUCAGGCUCUCCUGGCA